CACCCCCACUCUGUGCACACCCUCUCUGUGCCCCCCCUACACUUGGCACCCUCACACUUUGCACCCUCACAGCUCACUCUGUGCACCCUCAUUCUGCACCCCCUCCCUGCGCACCCCCACACUUUGCACCCCCCCUCUGCACACCCUCAUUCCAUGCAAACCCUCUCUGUGCCCCCUCACACUUGCAACACCCUUCUGUGCACCUCCACCCUGUGCCCUGCCCCACUUUGCACCCUCACACAGCACCCACCGUGCGCCCCUCUUUGUGCCCCCCACACUUUGCACCCCCCACUCUGUGCGCCACCACGAUGCACCCCCCCGUGUGCACUCACACUGUGCGUCCCCCACUUUGCACCCUCACACAGCACCCCCAAACUUUGCACCCCCACUACCCCCCGUGUGCAACUCACACUCUGUGCGUCCCCCACUUUGCACCCUCAUUGUGCACCCUCACCCUGCACCCCCUGACCCUGCACCCCCACGCCCUGCACUCUCCACCUCUGUGCACCCAUGGGUGCAUUCCCGUCGCCCCCCCCUUGCAGUCCCGCCAGGUGAAUCGCUCCAACCCACGGGAGGUGCGUGAGGCCAACAAAUACUUCUUUGCUGAGUCGUGCAUUGCGCUCUUCGUCUCCUUCAUCAUCAACGUCUUCGUUGUCUCCGUCUUCGCCGAGGCUUUCUAUGGGAAAACCAACAUGGAUGUGCACGAGGUUUGUGCCAACGCCAGCAGUGCCCACACAGGGCUGUUCCCGAGCGACAACACCACGCUGGAGGUGGACAUCUACAAAGGGGGCGCAGUGCUGGGCUGUUACUUCGGCCCAGCUGCUCUCUACAUUUGGGCCAUUGGGAUCCUGGCAGCUGGGCAGAGCUCCACCAUGACCGGGACGUACUCAGGGCAGUUCGUCAUGGAGGGCUUCCUUAACCUGCGCUGGUCGCGCUUUGCCCGCGUGCUGCUGACGCGCUCCAUCGCCAUCACCCCCACACUCUUUGUGGCCAUCUUCCAGGACGUGGAGCACCUGACAGGGAUGAACGACUUCCUCAAUGUGCUCAUGAGCCUGCAGCUCCCGUUUGCCCUCAUCCCAGUGCUGACCUUCACCAGCCUGCCCAGCGUCAUGAACGACUUCGCCAACGGGCUGUUCUGGAAGAUCGGCGGCGGCGCCGUCAUCCUGCUGGUGUGCAGCAUCAACAUGUACUUCGUGGUGGCCUACGUGAUGGCGCUGAACCACGUGGGGCUCUACGUCGGCGCGGCCAUCCUCAGCGUCGUCUACCUGGCCUUUGUCGCGUACCUGACCUGGCUGUGUCUGAUCGCGCUGGGGGCCUCGGCGCUGUCCUGCGGCAGCACGCGUUGCUGGGCCUUCGCUGCGCGCCCGGAGCUCUUCCUCCUCAACAACAUCGGCGUGGAGGCGGCGGUGACGCGGUGAUGUGGGAUGGGAGCUGGAGAUGGGAGCAGCGCCACCACGGAACGGGGAUGGAAACAAACGGCGUUGGGAUGGCACCAAAAUGGCACCAGAAUAACACAGGGGUGGCGCUGGGAUGGAACCAGAAUGGCGUUGGGGUGGCACCAUGAUGAUGUUGGGAUGGCACUGGGGUGGCACCAGAAUGGCUUUGGGACGGAACUGGGAUGGCAUGGGGAUGGUAUUGGAAUGGCACCAGAAUGGCACCAAAAUGGGACCAGAAUAACACAGGGAUGGCAGUGGGGUGGCACCACAAUGGCGUUCGGGUGGCAUUGGGAUGAUAUUGGGAUGGCACCAGAAUUGUGUUGGGGUGGCAUUGGAAUGGAACCAGAAUGGUGUUCGGAUGGAACUGGGAUGGCAUCAAAAUCGGACCAGAGUAACACAGGGAUGGCACUGGGAUGGAACCCGAAUGGCGUUGGGGUGGCACUGCGAUAACAUUGAGAUGGCACCAGAAUUGUGUUGGGGUGGCACUGGGAUGGCAGCAAAGUGGUGCCAGAAUAACACAGGGGCAGCACUGGGAUGGAACCAGAAUGAUGUUGGGACGGAACUGGGAUGGCAUUGGGGUGGCACCAUGAUGACGUUGGGAUGGAACUGGGGUGGCACCAGAAUAACACAGGGGUGGCACUGGGAUGGAACCAGAAUGGUGUUGGGAUGGAACUGGGAUGGCAUUGGGGUGGUAUUGGGAUGGCACCAGAAUCGCACCAAAAUGGGAUCAAAAUGGUGCCAGAAUGAUACAGGGAUGGCACUGGGGUGGCACCGCAAUGGCAAUGGGAUGGAACUGGGACCAGAAUAAACAUGGGGUGGCACUGGGAUGGAACCAGAA